AUGCUUCUCUUUCCGAGCCACGGUGAAGGUUUGGCGUCUACGGUGCCUUGUGGUAUAAGAAGCGAAGGAUUGGUGAUGAACACACAAGAUGAUACUCCUCUAUCGUCUCCAACAACGACACGUCUUCUCGAUCUCUUUCCUUGCGAAAGUGUAGUUGUUCUUGAUCUCUUUCCUUGCAAAGGUGGAGAGUUUGCAUGUAGGGUUCCUCCAUCUGUCACAAGAAACGAAACAGGAGUUAGCCUCGCAUACUUCAGAAACAUGCCAGGGGUAGAGAGAGAUAUAAUGGAUGCAACAGAGUUAACUCUCUCGAUAGAAGCAGAUAUAUGGAAAAUCAAGAAAACACUCACCAAUAGCGACGUCGGUAGUCAGACACGGCUUCUUCUACCAAAGGAACCCGCGAAUGAGCAUAUUCUGAAAUACUUGACAGAAGAAGAGAUCAAGUUAGUGGAAGACGAAGGCCAUCAGGGGCUAAAAAUCACCGUGUUCGAUAGUACAGAAAAAACUACGCAUCAGUUGCGUUUCAAGAGAUGGACUUCAGCUGGAAGCUAUGUAUUGAAUAACAAUUGGAACAAGGAUUUUGUUCAAAGAAAGGAUCUGAAAGCAGGCAAGACGAUUGGACUCUUUUGGAAUCCUUAUGCUUCAAGGCUCCACCUUCGCGUUCUUGAUAUGUUAGAACCAGUUGAUUAG